AUGAUGGCCUUUACAUAUACAUACUUUAAACCUUAUGAAUAUGUAGGAUUCUUAUCUCCUCCAAUUGAAGAUUUAGAAUGGAGGAAAGUUGGUGCUUUUAAAAAGAAAUGUAAAAGUGAAGGGAGAGCCUAUUCUUCUUAAUUUGUUUGGGGAUAAUUGAUUGGAUGGUUCAAAUAGACAGUAGCAGCCCCUUAAGCUUCAUUGUCUUAAGAUAGAAGAGGUACUUUAUCUUAUCCAGCUAUUUCAUCUUUUGAUAAAGCUGGAGAUAAGGCAUAUCCAUUUUAAUAAUCUAAGGCAUAAAGUAGUCGUUCUUUUUUUAUUCAACAUUUAUUGGAUAAACCAAGUUAUAUGUGGCCUCCUGAAACAGCCAGUUGGAGUUACAAAAACACUUACAAAAUAUAUGGAACUAUAUUAUUUGAAUAAUUUUAUUCAACUGAAUUGGAAGAGGAUUUUUUGGAUGAAGUACUUGCUAAUCAUACACUAGAAUAUGAUUAAAAGUUUUAGCUAUUUGUUAAAUAUGAAUCUAAAAAAUUUAAACAUUCUAUCGAUCUUUUUGAUAAAUUCAAAGAUAUCUUCUAACCUUAUAUUGGAGAUAAUUAAUUAAAUUAUAAAGAUAUGAUUGUAGCUCCAUUGAGAUAUCGUAGAUGUAAAUUUGAGAAUAAUUCAAAAAGAGAAUCAUAUAUAGAGAACUUAAGAUCAGAAGGAAAAUCUGAGGAGGCUGAUCUUAUAUAGAAAUUCCCAUUCAUAAGUUAUGCAAUAUGA